AACCGACACUCCCCUUGAACACAAGCACUAACAACAUACUAACACACUAACCAGUGCCGUCCAGCCGACCAAAGCAGAGCUCCUGCUGUGUGGAUGUGUGCAGCCCUCUGGACUUGGUGGGAGGGGGAUAAGUUUCCCCAAAGACAAGCUUGGAUCAGUGAGAGAGACGAUGCCUUCCACCUCUAGCCCAGUCUCACAAGCUGCUCAGUGGAUUUGCUGAUUCCCAAAAUAAUUAUUUCUGCAAGUUAUUCAGUGGGAGUGGGGAGAGAUUUUGAGCCAGAGGAUGCUCCCACAGGUCAUCCGGAUUCUCUAUGUCUUGUCUUUCUGCUUUUUCCAAGGAGGCUUUAUCAGACUGAGCUCCUGCAAGGAGGAGAUAAAGCCCCCCAGCAGGGCAGGACCACAGCUCUCACCUUCCGACUUCCUGGACAAGCUCAUGGGGAGAACGUCAGGAUAUGACGCCCGCAUCAGGCCCAACUUCAAAGGCCCACCUGUGAAUGUCACCUGUAAUAUUUUCAUCAACAGCUUUGGGUCUAUCACAGAAACCACCAUGGACUACAGGCUCAACGUGUUUCUACGGCAAAAAUGGAACGACCCCCGCCUGGCGUACCGUGAAUACCCAGACGACUCCCUAGAUCUGGAUCCGUCCAUGCUGGACUCUAUCUGGAAACCUGAUUUAUUCUUCGCAAAUGAGAAAGGAGCCAAUUUCCACGAGGUCACCACCGAUAACAAGCUCCUGCGUAUUUUCCAAGAUGGCAGCGUUCUGUACAGCAUCAGGCUGACUCUUAUCUUGUCCUGCCCUAUGGACUUGAAGAAUUUCCCAAUGGACAUUCAGACCUGUACCAUGCAGCUUGAAAGCUUUGGUUACACCAUGAACGACCUGAUCUUUGAGUGGCUAUCUGAGAAUCCCGUCCAGGUGGCUGAUGAUCUUACCCUCCCCCAGUUUGUGCUGAAAGAAGAGAAGGAUUUGGGCUACUGCACUAAAUACUACAACACAGGUAAAUUCACGUGCAUUGAGGUGAAGUUCCACCUGGAACGUCAGAUGGGUUAUUACUUGAUUCAGAUGUACAUCCCUUCCCUCCUCAUCGUCAUCCUCUCAUGGGUGUCUUUCUGGAUUAACAUGGAUGCUGCACCGGCCAGAGUCGGCCUGGGCAUCACCACUGUACUGACCAUGACAACACAGAGCUCUGGAUCAAGAGCUUCACUCCCCAAGGUGUCCUAUGUGAAGGCCAUUGACAUCUGGAUGGCGGUGUGUCUUCUGUUUGUGUUCGCUGCCCUGCUGGAGUACGCGGCAGUUAACUUUGUCUCAAGACAACACAAGGAAUUCAUCAGGCUGAGAAAAAAGCAGCGGCAGCAGAGAAUAGCACUUGCAAGUCAGACGGGGAGUGUUGAAUCGUUGCGGAAAGCCAAUGACAACCCCAGUAGCAACUCAACCUACAGGAAUCUGAAUCAGCACUGCAGCGCCUGUGCCAGGGAGGAGGAACUGGUGAGGGAGAGCCGCGGCUUUUACUUCAGGGGUUACGGACUGGGUCACUGCCUGCAGACCAAGGAUGGUGCCGCCGUGGAGGGAAGCACAGUGUUCGCCCCCCCCCCACCACCGGUCACUGUGUACGACGGAGGAAUGAUUCACAAGCGCUUUGUGGACCGUGCUAAACGCAUCGACACCAUAUCCAGAGCCGUCUUUCCUUUGAGCUUCCUCAUAUUCAACAUCUUCUACUGGAUCACCUAUAAAGUGCUGCGACACGAGGACAUCCAUGCAAAUUUGUAAAACGCUCUCUGCUAACUCCAGAUGUGACAUUUUAGGUUGUUUUUUUUUUUUGUUCUCUUCUCAGAACCAAAACUGCCUGUAAGAUCUACAUUACAAUGAGGAAAAUGUGUUAAGAGGCAUAUCUGCUUCUCAGAACCACUGCUAAAAAUAAACACUUUGUGCUCAGGUGCGUCUUCAGGAUCUCAGACGAGGAGUGAUUUAGAUGAGAGGUCAGGUUAAUGUGCGUGGAUUGAGGCGGGUGUCGUUCGUGGCUGCCCUCUCGUAUCCUGGUUCAGUUUCGCUGGAUUACAGCAAGAGCCAGAAACACUGUUGGUACUUGUGGGUCGUUCUUGACUUUUGUUUCUGCGGAUGAAUAAAUAGAGUUCAGAGAAAUUGAUCCUGGCUGAAUGAGGAAAAAAAAAAAAUGACUUGAAUUUUGACACUUCGCAGCUUUGAAUGAAUGUUUUUGAAAAUUAAAAAGAUAAUGAUUUUUUACAACUUUACAUUAUCAAAUGGUUACAGGUGGGUGCGGGCGGGAGGGGUCUUUGAUAUUUAUGAAUACUCAGUAAGUGAUGAUAAUUAAAUUUAGGUAUGUGUAACAAGAGAUUAUAUAUAACAGUGUAUAAAAGUGUAUAUAAACAAAGCUGUUCAUUAAACUGCACAAAGCACAAAUAUGUAUUUCCUUUUGUCUAAAUUUAAAUAAAUUGUUAUUCUGCCAGGAAA